GGGCGCGCAGCUCGGAGCCCCGGCUCGGAGGAGCCGGCGCCGCAGCUCCGGCAGGUGGCACUGGCCGCCUCCCUCGGCUGCUUCCCCCGCUCCCCCCCGCCCCGGCCCGGGCUCCGCCGCUGCACUCAGUCCGCCCGCGCCGAUGCUGCUGAGCGGAGCGGCGGCCGGCUCGGAGCGCGGCGGCGGGGCCGGGGCAGGGGCCGGAGCUGGGGCCGGGGCUCCGCAGUGCGUGGGCACCAUGGCCCGCUGGCUCCGCGAGCACCUCGGCUUCCGCAGCGCCAAGCCCGCGCCGCCCGCACCGCCCAAACCCGAUUACCGAGCCGGGCCGCCGCAGCCGCCCCCGCCGCCGGGAGGCGCCGCCGAGCCGCUGGCCUCGGCCCAGCCCGACAUCGUCGCCGCGUACCGCCUGCAGAAGGAGCGCGACUUCGAGGACCCCUACAGCGGGGCGCCUCCUCCCGCCGCCCCCGACGGGCCCCGCUACGUCUCGCCCAAGCACCGGCUCAUCAAAGUGGAGGCCGCCGAGAAGCCGCCCGCCAGCCCCGCGCCGCCCCCCGCCGCCCCCGGCUCGCCCCCCUCCGGCCACGAGCCGCCCGACGAGCCGCCGCAGGAGCUGCCUGUCCUGGAGGAUUAUGCAGACCCCUUUGAUGCUGCGCAGGUGGCUGGUAGCCAGGCAGGGAUGGAGAAAGUGGCAGAAAAUGAUGGGUAUAUGGAACCAUAUGAAGCCCAGAAGAUGAUGGCUGAGAUUCGCCAGAAAGGCUUACGGGAGGCUCCAACCCAGCCGCUUCACCUCUACGACACUCCCUACGAGCCCAUCUCUGGAGGGCUGGAUGUGGACACUGACCGUCCUGCCUGCCCCAGGCCCAGGGAAUCUCGGUUGCCUGAGGAUGAUGAGCGGCCGCCAGAGGAGUAUGACCAGCCCUGGGAGUGGAAGAAGGAGAGGAUCUCCAAAGCCUUUGCAGUUGAAAUCAAGGUCAUUAAAGACCUGCCAUGGCCGCCACCGGUAGGACAGCUCGACAGCGGCGAAACCCCCCCGGACGGUGAGGCCAGUGCCUCUGUCCCUCUGCAGCACAGCCUGCACAGCUACGAAGACGCCAACGGGCCGUCAGAGGGUCUGGGCUAUGGCCGCACCUCACCCUGCAGGGAGGAGAAGGCCAGGGCAGCCCUCAGACAUGGUGCCAGCAGCCUCAAGAGCACCAAGACACUGAUCACAGAGCCUGGUCCCUUCCUUGGGGAGAGGAUCGACCCUGCGCUGCCCCUGGAGAGCCAGUGCUGGUACCAUGGGGCCAUCAGCCGAACAGACGCAGAGACACUGCUGAGGCUCUGCAAGGAAGCCAGCUACUUGGUGCGCAACAGCGAGACCAGCAAGAACGACUUCUCCCUCUCCUUGAAGAGCAGCCAGGGCUUCAUGCACAUGAAACUAUCCCGGACCCAGGAGAACAAGUAUGUGCUGGGUCAGCACAGCCCGCCCUUUGACAGCGUGCCAGAGAUCAUCCAUCACUACGCCAGCCGCAAGCUGCCCAUCAAGGGGGCUGAGCACAUGUCCUUGCUUUACCCAGUGGCUAUCCGCACUCUAUAGCUGUCACCGUGCACAAGCUGAGCUCGGGGCUGUGUGGACCUGAAGGUGGCCUGUCUGCAGGGCGAAACGCUGCUGGUGUAGUGGAUGGGCACUGGAGCAGCGAGCUGGGCACGGGCAGUGCUACUGGGGACUUUGGCAGUCAAACCACUCAUCAUGCCCUCUCCUGGGAUUCCAGUGUGCCUGCUGGGAUAGCAACAGGGAAAAGGAGCUGAGUGGGAGCAGCCAUUUGCUGCCCUCACCCCCUUGGGAAGAAAGGACUGAAACUGGGGCCUCGGAGAGGACAUGGGGGGAGCAAGGUGCAGGAAAGGAGGGAGGAAACAUCCUGGGAUGUCUCCUGAGGGCACCUGGCUCUGCCCAUGUCCUGCGUGAUGGAGAAGAACACCCCUGCACCUGCUGGCAAGGAGGCCAGUGCUGUCACAGUGAGGCACAGAGGGGUAGGCUGCUGGGGCUCCCACUAGUGUGGGUUCUUGGUGCUCCUCGCUUUCAUUUGCCAAAUGUACAUAGUAACCAGUCAGAGCUGUGCAUGCAGCACCACUGCCUAAUAAAGCUCUGCAGGGACUCUGUGCCCUCAUCCCAAAAGCUGGGUGGGGGGCUGGCAUGGCAAAACCCUGCUAAACAGCAGAGAGGAGAUUUUAUUAAGCAAAAUUACUUCUUUUUUCACUCUCCCAUGCAGAGAACUGAGUUGUUCAACACAGUCAUCAGUGACAUGGGACAGAAGACAGCUUUCAUGUCCUGAGUAUGUCUUUGAGAUCCUUUGUGGACAGCAAUAAGCUGGGUCUGCCUGUUACGUCUGGCUGAGGGGGAUGUUCUUGAGGUUAUUUGGCUUGUUUUGCUUUACAUCUUGUAAACCUUAGGCAAAAUCUGUGAAUUUCACAGGUUUGUCCUCUUGCCCUGGACGUCCAGUGGCUCUAGCCCUGAUCUUUUUCUUCUGGACACAUUGUCUCUGGGGUAGAUUGUUUCUCCUCUUCCAGUGUCUGAAGUUAUGUGCUCCCAGGACAAAGCUGAUCCUGCUGCUCUGGUGGGAUGAUGGAGGUGGUCCAUGAGACCACGAGGACUUUGUGCAGGCUCUUGAAGUUUUCUAUCCUCAAUCCAUAGCUGAGGAGUUGCUGCUUCAGUGGCCCAUCAUGGCUUUGGGCUGGUGUGGGGGCUGUUAUGCACAGGCUGCAUGCUGCGUGGAGUUGCAUUGGGGUACUUAGUUCCCCAAUGUUCAGCCUCCACCACUCCUUAAAAGGCUGCAGUCUGAGUUCAUCUCGGGUGCGCGGUGUCUCCUUACAGCAGUGUUUGGCUGCUGGCAGCUCUGUCUGCCUCUCCCCAGCCCAGAAAGGCAUCUUGACCAGUGGGAAGGGAGCAACUAGCUGGAGGGUUUUUUCCUGGUGCUGCUUCUGUGGAUACCAGAGCAUGCAAAAAUGGUUGGAGGUGCUGCAGAGAUGCUCUUAGAUGUCCUUGCUACACUGAAAAGGCUCUUGCUUUGUCUUGCUACUGCCUUCCUAGUGGCUGGCAAGGAAAGCAGAGGCCACUUGAAUCCAUGUAGCCAGGGAAGAAAAGCACGAGAGAGUUUCACCUGGGUUCUGGGUUGUUUUUCUCCCUUGAGAAAGGGCUGCAAAGAGCAAAGUGGCAGCUGCCUGUACCAUCGAGCUUGUGUCCUGACAGUGUAAUCCUAACUAUGCAGCCUGGCUGGGAAAUAACAGAAGGGUGGGUGUGUAACGGGGCUAGUGUUCUGGCAGGAGAUCCCCAUUCAUGAGUGAGCUCGACUCUAGGAUGGACAAAGACAUGAGCAGCCUUAUGUGGCUUUGAGAUUAACCCUGCUGAAGGCAUGAAGGCAGUCAAGAGACCUUUCUUUGUAGCAAUUCCCAACUCACUUGUCCCAGCAAUCCCCCACACUCCCCAGCUGCCUGUUCUCCAUCCCUUCUCCGUCAGUGAGGUCUUUAGCCAUUUAUGGUCUGAUCUCUAGUUCUUUGCUAAGCCCUCCAUAAUUGCCAGACUGAUUUAGCAUGCUGCAGGCCGUGGUAAUGAAGGAAAGAAGUUUGUUUUGUAAUUGGAUUAGUGCUGCUAGGAGCGUGCUCUUGUACAGAGGUCAGGUUAGAGCUGCACUGCCCUGGAGCCCCAUGCUGCUCUCCCUAGUUGUGGGCCAGCUUGGGUCUGUGCUCGCUCCUGCACAGGACUUUGCUGGCCAGAAAACACAGCGCUGCAGGAGGAAGGCAUCCCAGAGGGGUGGAGGGCUGAUUCAGGCCUGAAUUUGAGCCUGCCUUCCUUGGACACGGGAAUGUUUGCUGAAGCUGAGUUAGCAUCUGCAGUGUCCCUUGCUUGCUAGGAAUUAAGUGCUUUGGUUAGGGUCAGGCCUGAUGUGAGCCUGGGAAGGGUGAUGACGCCUCCUAGCAUGAGUCCUUACAGCUCCUGAACACCAACAGCUGUUCCUUGUGGGUUUGGGUAAAACCCAUGUAGGCAGUUGUCCAUCAGCAGUGCCCCCUCCCUGCCUCUCUGGCCUGCAGAAGUCCUAUUAAAUCUAAGCCUAGUGAUUAGUUUAAACCCCAGCCCUACCAGUGAUGCCUGAGUUGCUUGGAUGUUUCUGAGAACAGUGUCCUGUUUCAGCCACAGCACUCUUCAAGUGCUGCAGGAGAAGGAUCAAACAAAACCCUCAGCUGCCAAAGUUUAUAGCAAAGUGGAGAAAUUUGUUCCCGACCCCUGCAGGCUACCAGCAAAAUGUGCAGUGUAGCACGUGUUGUGUACACAUGGCCUGCACAUGGUGUGGCUGAAUACCUCCUUUCAAAUCUUGUGGGUACCAACGUGUUUGACACAAGGGGUAGCUUCAGCUCCUGACUCAGAGGCCACCCUUGCUCUUUUCCUUUGGUGUACUUCCCCAGCAUCAUCUCGAAGCAGCUACUUGCUCCUGGUGUCCUCUUUGAAGUGUCCCAAAACAUCUGUGCUCGUAUGCUUCCACCUCAUUUUCAGUCUACAGUUCUCUCCUGUGCAGAGUUUUGGAGGGCUGUCUCUAAAGCAUCGUGCUUGGGCAGAUCUUUUGGGUGAGAUCUUCCCAGUGCCUUGCUACUGAUGCAGCUCUCCCUCUUGCAAACUCAGCCUUGCUGUCAUCCCUGAGUCACUCUACUACUAGGGGUGGAAAAAAAGUCCUAGAAUAUACCUCUUUGCUCAGAGACACCCUUGUUAAUACAAACCAUUGUUUACUUGAUUAGCUGGUUCCCCCACUGUUACCAUACCCAGCACUCCUGUCAUUGGAAACUGGUUCCUGUUUUUCCAACCAGCGUAAAUGUGCUGCAUAAUCUUGUCUAAGAAGUUACUUAUGAGAGAAAAUCAUUAAAUUAAACUGACAGAAUGUGUUUGUGAUAAA